GUGACUACUUGGUGUUCCCUCAAAAUAACGAUGGCUGCUCGAGAAAGUGUCACUCAACUUAUGAGGUUGAUUUCUUCUGCUUCUUGCAAGUGUCCACAUCAUUCACAAAAAUUUAGUUCUGCAUUACCAGGCGCCCAUGUGUGCAGUAGCAAGCAUCAUGCAACCAGCGCAGCACCUGAUUCUAGCUCAAAGGAGUAUGCGUUUGAGAUGGCAAUGUCCAACAUAAGAUAUGGAGAGGGAGUGACACAGGAAGUUGGAAUGGACCUCAACAACCUUGGGUGCAAGAAGGUCGUGCUUUUCACAGAUGAAGGAAUAAAAGCAACUCCUAUCCACAGUGCAGUUCUCGACUCUCUCAAUAAAAACAAUGUCAACUAUGACAUCUACGAUAGAACCAGGGUAGAGCCAUCUGAUAAAAGUUUUAAAGAUGCCAUAGAAUUCUGUAGAGCUGGUAGCUAUGAUGGUUAUCUGGCAGUGGGAGGGGGGUCUGUCAUGGACACUUGUAAAGCAGCCAAUCUCUAUGCCUCUAAACCAGAUGCUGACUUUAUGGAUUAUGUUAAUGCUCCAAUAGGGAAGGGACUUCCUGUUACACAUAAAGUCAAUCCCAUGUUAGCAAUCCCCACUACAUCAGGAACUGGUAGUGAGACCACAGGGGUUGCUGUGUUUGAUCUCGAAGAUAUGAAGGCCAAGACUGGUAUUGCUAACCGCGCCAUACGUCCCUUACUGGGUAUUGUUGACCCCCUACAUACAAGAUACAUGCCAGAGAGGGUUUUUGCAUACAGUGGAUUUGAUGUGCUAUGCCAUGCUUUAGAGUCUUACACAGCUCUUCCAUUCAACGAGCGUACUCCUCGUCCAUUGGACCCAAAAGAAAGACCAGCAUACCAGGGCAGUAAUCCAAUCAGUGACAUAUGGUCCAAACAUGCACUGAGAAUCGUUUCAAAGUAUUUCAAGAGAGGUGUGUACAAUGCAGAUGAUAUGGAGGCCAGGUCUAACAUGCAUUUGGCCAGUACUAUAGCUGGAAUAGGCUUCGGUAAUGCUGGAGUACAUCUAUGUCAUGGGCUUUCCUACCCUAUUGCUGGAAUGGUGAGGAGUUUCAAACCAGAUGGAUAUGUAGCUGACCAUCCAACAGUGCCUCAUGGUCUGUCUGUUGUGAUCACGUCCCCUCAAGUGUUUGACUUCACUGCCCCUGCCUGCCCAGAGAGACAUCUCGAAGGAGCUGAAUUAUUAGGUGCUGAUAUCACUAAUGCUAAGAGGGCAGAUGCUGGUAAGAUCCUUGCUGAUGUAAUGAGGGGUUACAUGCAUGACAUGAAGAUAGAAGACGGACUGAAGCCAUUGGGAUAUACAACAGAUGACAUCCCUGCCAUGGUAGAGGCAGUUAAACCACAGACCAGGGUAACAAAACUAUCACCUAGGGAGAAGACAGAUGAUGACAUUGCGAUGAUCUUCGAGAAAUCAAUGUCUGUUUACUGAGACUUUUAUGUCAUAAAUUAAAGAAACUCAGCAAUUUGAGACUAUGCAAUAAUUAAUGAUAAUUUCUGGAUGAAAAUACAAUUAUGGACACAAAUGGAGUUGUGGUGGACAUUUUCCGCAUUAAAUAUGUGAUAGGGAAAACAGUAUUAUCAUGUAGGGGGUUUCUGUAUGAUACUGGUUGGAACAGUUAGUGUACUUAUUGAUAAAAAUGCUCAAUUAACUUUUCAGUAAUUGAAUAGACAAAUAUACAAGUUAUGUAGACAUUUAGUACCAUAUAGUAGUACACUUUUAUUUUAGUACAAAAUAUAUACAAUAAGAUAAACAUGAUUUUUUGUAAAUUUUACCUCAGGUCAAUGGCACAACAGAUCUCAAUUAUGAUUAACAAUAAUAAAUAAAUAAAUAUAAAUAAUUGAAAGAACAUUACUUAAGUUGAGUUCAAUAUUUGAGAUAGAUAAUAACAUAACAAAAACAUCUGUAAUCCAUUUGAAUAACAUCAUAAAUUAGUUCUGAUAACAUGAAUAAACCAUUUUUUAAUAACAACCAUUUUUGUACCAAAAUUGUGAC